AGCCUCACAGACAUCAAUAAACUGAACCGACAACCCAAUACCACACCCGCUACCUUCAUUGCAAUUGGUGUCCGUGUAGUACUAUUUUCUUUCGAUUCAUCUUGUAUUUAAAUAUGUCUAGCGACACUUUACCGUCACCGAACCUCCCGCUCCGAGGGACACCCGUUCAAUUCUCGUCAACCACUUCACAAUCUGGGCUAUGGGAUCGGAUAUCUACCUGGGCGUCUGAGCACAAGGCUGUCGUAUAUACAGUUGCCGGUGUUGCUGUUGUCGUGACCGGAGCCGGUGUCGCAUAUUAUCUUACAGACUCGACCGGGGCGACAUCUAGCAAAGACAGCACGACCAAGCCAUCGAGCGGCAAGAAGAGCAAGAGCAAGAAGAAGAAGAGCGGAGGUAAGCCAAAGGAUCCCGAGAAGGGGCUCGCAGGAGAGGCUCAACCAAAGGCCGCAUCAGCCGAGCCCGCCGAUGAGCCCCCUCAAGUCGACGAGGCUACCGUUGGCAACCUUUCUGCCGAGGACAGGAAAUCCUUUGCUGCUAAGCUGAAGGCGGCUGGUAACACCUCAUACGGAGCCAAGGACUACGAUCGCGCGAUUGAGCUCUACAGCCAGGCCAUCCUGUGCAAGCCCGACCCAAUCUUCUACUCCAAUCGCGCUGCAUGCUUCAACGCAAAGCAUGAGUGGGAGAAGGUUAUCGAAGAUACCACCGCUUCUCUCAAGCUCGACAAUGAAUACGUUAAGGCAUUAAACAGACGCGCCAAUGCCUACGAGCAACUCGAGAAGUACAGCGAGGCGCUACUCGACUUUACCGCUAGCUGCAUCAUCGACAGCUUCAAGACCGCAUCGAGCGCAGAGGCGGUUGAGAGGCUGCUGAAGAAGGUCGCCGAGGCCAAGGGCAAGGCUAUCAUGGCCGGAAAGGGCAAGAGACUGCCUAGCCCAACAUUUGUCACCAACUACAUGCAGAGUUUCCGCGCCAAGCCUGCACCAGAAGGACUCGAGAUUGGUGUAGAAAUCCCCGAGGAUACUGGAAAGGGACAAUUACAGCUCGGUCUUAUCGCCAUGGAUAAGAAGACCAGCGAUGGCUACGAAGAGGCUUCCAAGCACUUCAGCUCCGCCCUGGAAUUGGGUGAUAUCGACGAGCAUGAAGCGUUUGCCUACAACAUGCGCGGUACCUUCAAGUACCUCCGCGGCGAGAACCUCGAGGCAUUGGCGGAUCUUACCAAGAGCAUCGAGCUCAACCCAUCGCUGACACAGAGCUUCAUCAAGCGUGCUAGCAUGCACCUGGAGCUCGGCGAUAAGGAGGCCGCCGCUGCCGACUUCGAGAAGGCAAGGGCACAGAACGACAGUGACCCGGAUAUCUUCUACCACCGCGCCCAGCUCCACUUCAUCCUCGGCGAGUUCGGCGACGCUGCCAAGGACUACCAGAAGUCGAUUGAUUUAGACCGCGACUUCAUCUUCUCCCACAUCCAGCUCGGUGUUACACAAUACAAGAUGGGCUCUAUCGCCUCGUCGAUGGCUACCUUCAAGCGCACCAUGAAGGCUUUCAACCAGGUUCCGGAUGUCUACAACUACUACGGAGAGCUCCUCCUGGACCAACAGAAAUACCAGGAUGCUAUUACCAAGUUCGACACCGCUGUGGAGAUGGAGAAGAUCUCCAAGCCACUCGGCAUGAAUGUCCUGCCUUUGAUAAACAAGGCUCUUGCGCUCGUCCAGUGGAAGCAGGACUUUGCCGAGGCCGAGAAGCUGUGCGAGAAGGCACUUAUCAUCGACCCCGAGUGCGAUAUCGCUGUGGCGACCAUGGCUCAACUCCUACUACAGCAAGGAAAGGUCAACGACGCCCUGAAGUACUUCGAGCGUGCCGCAGAACUGUCAAGAACCGAGGGCGAGAUCAUCAACGCUCUUUCUUACGCUGAGGCGACGAGGACACAGCUUGAGGUACAGGAGAAGUACCCGCAGCUAGCGAACAGACUGCAGGGCAUGAGCGGAGGCUUCUCCGGCUCCGGAAUGGCUUGAAUGCCGUACAUGGUGAUAGGUGUAGUAUCGAGGUGCGGGUUUGGUGGCGAGAGCUUGCUGGUGGUGCCCAUGUGGAGAGGGUGAAUUUUUGGAAGGGAUAUGUAUGUACGAUGGUUUGAAAAAGUAAUGUGUGCCGAUAGGAGAUGGAUAUGGAGAUGUCAUAGAGGAGUGGGUUGCAUAAUGAGGUGUAACUAUUCUACUCCGACAACGGGGACUGUACAGUAUGGAAAGGCGGGUUUAUGAGAUGUUCAGUAUUUUGCUGGCGCUCACGUAGCGAAAUGUGAAUCUUGUGUUUAG